AUCUAAUGGGGAGAUAAAACAAAAGGAAGCUGAAAAGUAUGGGGGGAGGGGGAGAAGGCACCCAAUGAGGGGGCGUGGUGGAAAAGUCAGAGAAGUCCCAAAGUAGUGCACAACCAGGUGAGAAAUGAGGAAAGAGGUGUGUUCUUUGUCCUGAGAACAUACACCCAAGGUAAACACAAGUGUGACACAUAAAUCUAAUUGUGCCUUUAACAUCCUAUCUUCCUUAAAAGUUGUAUGUAAUAAUCAUUUCUGACAGUUGGAGUAGGUAUCUGAACACUUUAGAAUGUUAAAUCUUCAGCCCUUCUUGACAGCCUAUAAAUUUAAAUGUACUGUAGUUUGUGGUUUAAGAGAACCAUUGGGUGCUAACCUAAGGAAUUCUUGGUAAUUGAAUUAAAACAUUUAUUGAAGAUCUGUUAGGUUAGGGAUGAACAUGUUAACAUGGGAAAAGUAAAAUCAUAACAUAGUUAAUUCGGAAAUUUGUUUCACAUGUCUAUACGUAUUUGUAAUUUUUUUUCUUACCUUCUCAAUGGGUGGAGGAGAGAAAUUAACCUUGAACCUUAAAUAAGUGGUCUUGACAUCAAGUACCAUAGAUAUUUAAAAGAAAGAUUACUGUACUACACAGUGAUGGCUUUCUGGGAACAUAAACUCCUUACUUGUAGAAUUAUUUCAUUUUUGUACUUUUAUCUACAGUGUCAGGCAUAUAGUAGGUGCUUAAUAAAUGUUGAUUGAUGCAGAGGCAGAAAUUGGUGUUUUGUAAAAAAUAAUAAUAGGGGAGAGAGAUUGAAGACAGCUCUAAAUGCCAUCCUCAGAAAUUUUUUUUAAAUAUAAAUUUAGUAAUAAACAAAAACAGUAUAUGUUACAAAAUAAGUACCAAAAUCUUACCCUCCGAUAAGGUGCAAAAAAGACAAGCAAACAAAAUGUUUUGUGUCGUUUUCAGGGCCUACCUAGAAUAGGCAAAGGUAUCUCUAGUUUAUCUUUUAGGAAAUGGGAAGAGAGAUGUACUGGCUAGACUUAAGGGGGAAAACUGAUGGUAGAGAGGUCAGUGAGGAGACUGGUUAACUUGUAACUCGGAUCAAAGCACCUCACAACUUUGUAAAAUUUUGAUUCCGUCUGUAUUCGGUUUGGGUUACCUUCAGCUAGUGUACUUGACUGAUUAAGAGGGAAGAGAGAAUAAGGACCAGGAUCUGAACUAGCCAGUGAACAGCCCGGCAUUGAAUUUGGAGUGCUGGUUUAGGUGUUUACCUAUCACAUGUCAGUCUUUCAGUGAAUUGACUGAAUAACAAAGUUAUUCAAACAUUUAUCAAAUACCUAUUCUGUGCAAAGCAAGUGCUGGAGAUAAUAAAGAUUACAAUCUAAUCUUCCUUUCUGAGUCUACAGUGACGUCCCCACCAGAAAAAGGGCAGAAACAUUCUGAGUAACAACUAAUCAGCUCAGGGUCAUCUUUCCCUUCCUGACAACUCACAUUGCUUAACCUCUAGCGCACCUCUUCAUGUUCUUAGGACAAGAGAUUUGGCACUGGAGGGGACUCAGAGGUUAACCAUUUUUGGGUGAAGAAGCUGAGACCCAGAGGAGUGACUUCCUGAAGUCACACAGGAGCCAGAAUUGGAGUUGGACGUGACCCAAGAACUAGGAGCCCAAAGCCAGAAAUUAGGAAGCCAAGCUCACAAGGAAUCGGGACUACCAGGAACCAGGAGCCAGCACCUACCAGGUGUUUGGGACUACAAAGUCUUAGAGGUUUGCUCUAACUGCCGGGAAGGAUUGUGCUGGGACUCUGGGGAGGGAGAAAUCGGUGGCCCAGCAUUAUCAAGUGCGUGUGUGAUCCCCAUAGGAGCCUCAGGCCCCUGCCAGGCUGAGCAGCCAAGUCCACUACCAAAGUCUCAGAGGAACUGAAGCAGUCAGCCAGGAAACAGUAGGUGUUCUUGCUUUUUCCUUCUGAAUUCUGAACUCUUGAAACUAACCCCUAACAUCUAACCUCUAACCCUGGUCCUGCCUUCCUAGAAAGAUAUGGCUGUGGGCAGCCAGGAACCAGAGCCAACUGAGCCUGUGUCUAGGUCCCCAGAUGAAGAGGAGGAAAUGGAGAGCUUGACCCCUUCAGCCCCCUGCCCUCCUGAGGCAGCCCCCAUGGAAAGCAAGCCCCUACUGGGGGCUGGAGCUCAGUGGACUCUGCAACUAGUGGAGGAUGUGGAAGAUGAGUGCCCCAUCUGUACGGAACCCUACGGCAUAGACGAGCACCUCUUGGUGUUGCUGAACUGUGGACAUGGGCUGUGCCAGCACUGCCUGAACAGGCUCUUGGGCACAGCUUCCAGCACUGACCUGGGCCGUGUGCGUUGCCCACUGUGCCGUCAGAAGACUCCUAUGUUGGAGUGGGAGAUCUACCAGCUUCAGGAAGAGUUGCUCCAGGCUGAUGGGCCCCAACCUCCACCACCUCCCAGUCCCCCAGCCCUUCCUCCCCGAGGGACAGGGCUUUGGGCUUCCCUGGAGCACCGUUAUCAACUUCGAGGGAACCGAGGUUGCCUCCCCUUCUUGCCUUGCCCACCAUGUCUGAUUUCGAGGCUCUGGGCCCUCCGUGACAGGGGGCCCUGCACCCGUUGCCUCAUCUUGCUGACGAUGCUAGCCCUAGAAAUGUUUGGACUGGUACUCAUCUUUCUGCCCCUCCUACUGCUUGCCUUGCUCUUGAUCCUACUUAACCAUCUAGGCCACUGACCCUCCAGCUUGGACUCGAAGGACCUUUUGAGGGGGUGGGCCUGCUUACCAUUCACCGACCAGAGACUUGAGCACUGCUGCAUCCUCUCACUGGAAGGAUCCUGAAUGGACUGAACUGACAUUAUCUCUGAGAAGAUCUGGGGGGACGAUUCUUCCAGGAGCUAAUGGUCACUGAUUAGAGAGCUUAGACUUUUGAUCACAACUCCCUCAGCUGCCCACCUUGAUAGUCAAGACUGAAUAGGGGAAGAAAGAACUGGAUUACUGAAAGAAGUAAGUUCACAACCUGGAUAAUUUCUAGAAAUGAUCAUUUACAUUAGUGAAAAGGGGGGGGUGGAGAGGAGAAGGCAACGAAUACAUUGAGAUGGUGGGUGUGGAAGGGGCAGCCUGGGGCAGCCUGAGCAGAGGGACAAUUUGGGAUGGGAAGUAUAGAGUUAUAGACCAGUCAGGUCACUUUCAGGGGAGGAGCAGAAAUGUCCUUCUCUGCCCCUCUCCUUGUCUGGAGGCCUCAGAUAAGAGCUGUGCAGCUGGUGUUCCCUGAAGGUCAGCCAGGCUUGGGCUUGAAGGUAGGGAAAUAGAAACUGCUCCCACCCAAUUAGAGUGGAAUGUCAGGCCUCAGACUGGUAGAUGGGAGAUCUCUGGGGGGAGAGCUGUACUCUGACCAUAUAGGCACAUGCCUCCUCUAACAGGGAUAUGGCCAGCUGCGGUGAACACAGAACUUAACCUGGUAUGAAAAUGCCAGAGGGCACAAAUGGACCUGGACCGAAUUUCAAGGUGACCCCUUCUGGGGCCACCUAAUUCUCCUGGAACUUGUCUCCCACACACAUAUACACACCCUAGACCAUAAAGGGGAGCCCAUAAAAAGAAGAACCCACAAGCUUUGGGGGCAGAAACAGGGCAAUGCUGGACAGGAGGGAGCAGCAGUCCAGUGUACUGAAUGAAGGAGCUGAGAGUCCAGUUGUACCCUGCUCUCAUCAAACUACAUCUUAAGAGCUAUAUUCAGAAGGAUGGUGAAAAGCUGGAGUGUGUCCAGAAGAGGGCGACCAGAUGUAUGAGGCCAGGAGACCAUGUCACAUGAGAACUGGUUGAAAGAUUUGGGUAUCAUCCAUUGGGAAAUGGUUAAACAAAUGAUGAUACAUGAAUAUGAUGUGUAACAUAUCACUGUGGUGUAAGAAAUGAUGAAUUACAGAGAAACAUGGAAAGAUUUGCCCAAUCUGAUGCAGACUUAAGCAAGAAGAGUCAAGAUAACAAUACAGACCAGCAAUUCUCAAACUUUUUUGGUCUGAAGACCCCUCUACACUCUUAAAAAUUAUUGGGGGCCCCAAAAGCUUUUGUUUGUGAGUAACAGCCAUUGGUAUUUAUUGUAUUAUAAAGAAAAACUGAUAAAUUUAAAAAUAUUUAUUCAUUUAAAUAACAAUAAACCUGUUACCUGUUAACACAAGCCAUAUGUUUUCUAUGGGGAAAAAACUAUUUUACAAAACAAAAAAUUUAGUGAGAAGAGUGGCAUUGUUUCACAUAUUUUUGCAGAUCUCUUUAAUUGGCUGGCUUAAUAGACAACUGGAUUUUCAUAUUUGCUUUUGCCUUCAAUCUGCUGUGUUUUAAUUGAAAUAUUUGAAGAAAAUCCAGCCUCACACAUAGAUGUAGUUAGAAUAGGGAGGAAUAUUUUAAUAGGCAAAUAAUAUCUUAAUAUGAAAAUAGUUUUGACCUUACAGACCCCCUGAAAAGGUCUCAGAGACCCACCGAGCUGUGGACCAGGUUUUGACAACUGCUGAUAUACACACAAUGACUACAAUGUAAAUGGAAAGAACAACUAGAAGACAAUCAAGGGUUACACAAUUACAAGGAAUGGCCCCCAAAAAAGAAAAAGGAGGACAUCCCCACCCUAUUGCUUUGCACAAGUGGGCUGACCACAGACGUGGGGCAUUGCAUAUAUUUCAGACUUCUUAGAUGUAUUCAUCAGUUUUGAUUAUUUUUUUCACUUCUACAUUUUAAAAAUAGUAUUUAUUGCAAGGGAUGGCCCUCUG